UCUUUCUAGUAGAGGUUCCUUUAUUUAUCCAAUAGUGUUUGCUCUUCCACAAGCAAAUCUAUUUAUAUGUGAUUACAAGCUUGGAUAAAGGCAAUUAGACAUAUUUGCUUGUUAAAAUGAAGUAUGACUACGUUAUCCUGAUGUCGCUGACGCUGCUCUGGUUCCCGGCUCCUGUUACCCUUCUCGAGGUUUCCCGCAAGUUACCCCUUGAGGAGGAGAGCGCAUUCCUCAAGGGCGGCGCAGAAUUCGGCAACCGACAAGAUAUUUGGUCAUCUCUACACACAUUCUGCGAUCUUCACUGUGGAAAGAACGACGAAAUGUUGACGGAAGACUAUCAGUCAGCCAACAUGUCAGCGGCGAACAUGCAAAUUGGCAGACGACUUUUCCAGAAGCUGUACCCCAGAGCGUCCUCCAAACGACCAGUAGGAAUAUUCUAUCAAGGUUCUUCAGCACCUUUUAAAUUGUUCCUCUAUGGGCAGCUUCACAAUAAUAUGAUCCUACGAGUGCUAAAAGAUUAA